AUGGCAGACAAGAAACUCCUCGUUGUCCUUGGGGCUACUGGAAAGCAGGGUGGUUCGGUUAUCAACUCCGUCCUCGGCGAUGAGAAGGCUGCAGCGCAGUUCUCUAUCCGUGCAAUUACUAGAGAUCCAUCGAAGCCAUCUGCCCAGGCUCUGGCUAAACGAGGGGUUGAGUGUGUCAAGGCGGAUCUCAAUAGUAAAGAAUCUCUCAUCGAAGCUUUCAAGGGUGCUUACGCUGUAUUUGCUGUCACCAAUUUCUGGGAGACAGGAAGCGCCGAGACGGAGAUCCAGCAGGGCAAGAAUAUCGCUGAUGCCGCUAAAGAGGAUAAUGUCCAGCAUUUGAUCUGGAGCAGCUUGAUCAAUGUGACUAAGGUGUCUGGUGGAAAGCUCACAGGGGUCUCUCACUUUGACUCCAAGGCUGCUGUGGAGGAAUAUAUUCGCAGCAUUGAUGUACCAGCCACGUUCUUCCUUCCUGGAUUCUACAUGUCCAAUAUCCCAGCUGGCACUCUAAACAACGUAUCCGGGGUAUAUAACUUUAGCAACCCGGUUCCAAAUAAUACCCCCAUUCCCCUUUUCGACAGCUACCGGGAUACCGGAAAAUUCGUCAAAGCCAUUUUACUCAACCGGGAGAAAGUGCUUGGGAAGCAGAUAUAUGGAGCAACCGAUUACUAUACUCCAGACCGCAUUAUCGCCGAGUUUCAAGCUGUCAAGACGCAGGAUGGCCAGGGUGGCGCUGCUAUUCAUAUCCCGGACGAGGAUUUCAAGGGAAUCCUUGCCAUAGGCAAUAUGUCGGAGAAGGCAAGGGAGGAGAUGCUUCAGAAUAUGCAACUAUUGUAUAUGUUUGGGUAUUAUGGUGGUGCAAGCCUGAAGGAGAGUCUUGACGUAAGUGGUAGUUCAUUUAUGAAUCCUGGCGUUAAAACAGGAUGCUAA